AAAAGGCAAAUGUUAUUGAAAACUUAACUUUAGAAACUGUUUUAACUACUAUUUUUGAUCUUUCUGAAUGUGAACAUUCACCAGUGUGACCCGCUAUUCAUUUAUUCUCAAGAAAAUGGCAUUAAAAUUUUUCAAGUUUUAGGCCAGUUUUCAAGAGCAUUUUUUCAAGUUGGCUGCAUUGAUUAUCCAAAAUUGUUGAAAUAAUAAUAUCAAGCAUGCCAUUAUUCUUUAUUACAGUAAAGUUUAUUCAGAUAGAAUAUUACUUUCCCCAUACACAAACAAACUAUAAUAUAUAUUUAUACAUGUUCUUAGUUUAUUUUAGUUUUAGUAAAUUUUAUAUAUAUUUUUGAUAUUUUUAUCUUGUUAAUUGAUGACCCAAAUUCUGCUGUAUUGGAUCUCAAAUUUAAAUUAAGUACUCUUUCCGUAGAAUUCUUCACGAGAACUUAUUACAUUGUGCUGUUAUGCAUAAGCUUCUAUUUGCUGUCAUCUGGCUUUAAUAUUGAUGAUUGCACAAUGUUGAUAGAGAAACAGUAACUUAAUUUAAAUUUGUAGGCUCCAAGAAAGCAGAGUUUGAGUUUUAUUAGAAAAGUUAGAAUUUAUUUAUUAUAUCUGUUGAUAUUUAUGUUGCUAUUAUUUACUUGUCUGAAUAUAUGUUUAGUGAAGCCAAGCUGAGAGAGAUCUUUUCUGAAGCUAAAAUAAGAGCACCAAGUAUUAUAUUUAUUGAUGAAUUUGAUGUUCUUUGCCCAAAAUAUCAAGAUUCUUAUCAACAAGUCGAAAGGAGAGUACUUGCAACAUUGUUGACAUUAAUGGAUAGUUUAUAUAUACUUAAAAAAUUAUUAAAAGAUAAGAGACAUUCCUUAACAGAAGAAAAUAUGAAAGAAAUUGCUGAAAAACUUCAUGGAUACACUGGAGCAGAUUUAAAUUGCUUGUGUAGAAAUGUUUGUUUUAUGUUGUUGAAAGAGCAAUCAGAUGAUCUGGUUAUGACGUUAAGUCAUUUUAAUUCGGCAAUAAGAGAGAUGAAACCAAGUGCUUUGAAGGAAAUGGAUAUUCAGAUUUCAAAGGUAAAAUAAAUUUCUUAGUUUAUUUUAUAAAUAAAAAUCAUAAA